AGCAAAAGAAGAAGAAAUCAACGUCACUUCCUGUCUUGUGCAGAAGCUACAAGGACUAAACAUGGCAGCGGAGAUAUCAACGAAAGAGCAGCUGUUGUCUGUGCUGGAUGAUUUGGAGGUUUUAUCCCGGGAGCUGAUCGAGAUGUUGGCUCUGGCCAGGGGUCAGAAACUGCCUCAGCCGGGAGAGGACACCCAGAUCCUGGAGCUGCUGGUGCAGCGGGACCGGGAGUUCCAGGAGCUGAUGGAGGUGGCUCAGCAGCAGGGGAAGGUGCACCAGGAGAUGCAGCUGCUGGAGAAGGAGGUGGAGAAGAGAGACAGCGACAUCCAGCAGCUCCAGAAGCAGCUGAAGGAGGCAGAACACCUCCUGGCCACUGCUGUUUACCAGGCCAAAGAAAAACUCAAAUCCAUUGACAGAGCCAGGAAAGGAAGCAUCUCAUCAGAAGAAAUCAUCAAAUACGCUCACAGGAUCAGUGCCAGUAACGCAGUGUGUGCUCCUCUCAAUUGGGUGCCAGGUGAUCCACGCCGGCCCUACCCUACUGACCUGGAAAUGCGUAGUGGGAUGCUGGGUCACAUGGCCAACCUACCAACCAAUGGCAUGAACGGACACCUGCCAGGUGACGCUCUGGCUGCUGGGAGGUUACCAGAUGUCCUGACACCUCACUACCCCUGGCAGUCCUCGGACGUCUCUGUGGGGAUGCUUCCUCCCCAGCAUGGCAAUGACUUCGGCCUGGAGCCUCCGGGUCACAACAAGGAGAACGAGGAUGACGUGGAGGCCAUGUCGACUGACUCCUCCAGCAGCAGCAGUGACUCUGACUGAAGGACAGAGAGUGGGCGGGAGGUCGCCACUGAGCAGCGCGAUCUCAGGACUCUUCACCUCUGGUCAUUUCAAACAACAUCAUUUAAGACUCAUAGAUAGACAAGUAUGUGGAAGGACAAAAUUAAGGUUAAUUUAAAAUCUUUCAUAUCUAUAUACUCGAAGUAUAUGUGCUCUAGAGGCUGAGAAGUUCUGGGUUUGCUGUCAGUGCUGCCUCAGUGUGACAGUAGAGGAAAAACAUUGAUUUAAAGAUCAAUAUAAAGGCUCCUUUAUCAUUAAACCAUAACCAUUUGUUAUCAUUCUGCCGGCUGAGGUCUGGAGUUCCCCACUAUUCUUAUUUUAAAAGGUGCCACCAUUUCUUUAAGUUUGAAGAAUGAGUCUGUUCAGAGGUUUUAGUCUUCCUCUUACAAAAAAGGCUCCACUCUUGUCUUGACUUGGAACAGUAGCAUCAGCUGCAUUCGUUUUGUUCGCAUCUCAUUUGGCUGAGGAUUGUUGCGUUGUUACUUUGUGGUAACACUUUCAAAGACCCUGUGUUUUAGAGCUAAUUUCCUCAUUUCAUACAAACCAGCUGUAAAUUACAGGGAUGUUUCCAAGAAAGGGCUUUGUGAUUUGGUUAUAAUUAUAAGGGAAGCUGUUUCCAGUUUUUAUGCUAAGCUGAGCUAACCAGCUGCUGGCUAUAGCUUUAGCUUCAGAUUUGGUGCACUGAUAUCAGAAUGGGAUUGGGCUGCUUCCAAGGAGGAAAGUAAAUAAGCAUAUUUCCAGCUUUUCCUGCAACAUCCUGUGUUGCACCAGUUUGACAAAGAGUGGCUUCUAACCUUAGUUUGCAGCUUGAAGAGACUGAAUGCAAAGUAAAACAAACAGAAGAAGUCCCUCUCUGUGCCUCUGUGUGAGGAGAGAACUGUUGUCUUUGUGAAAACUCCCACUGAGACUAGAGGAAGAAAACCAAAGCCGCAGUGACUCCUGUUGCUCUCUGGUGACCCCUGUUGGAAGCGCAGUGUAUGUGACAUCACUCAGCUGCAGCCUGUGUGCUCUCACUCGUGUAAUUAUAACAGUAUGGACAAAUGCUCCUCAUUUACCUCUGUAAAUAACCUUGUACAUACUCGGCCUUGUAAAUAAAUACUUUCUGAAUAGAAACUGCAUCUGUGAUUAUGAGUGUGGCCCUGUUUGGGUCACCUGGCUCAGUUAAUAGAGCCAUGCUAUGUGUGCUCAUGUCUUCAUAUGUAAAGAUUCCAUGAACCAUUACCAGAACUAGUACUUAUAGAUAAAUAGCUGCUUUAUUGAUCCUGAGGGAAAUUAAGAUGGUGAUACCUGCAGAGAGAGUGAAAUGGAAGCUGGUGUGGUUGAAUAACAUGGUGUACCUUUCAUCUUGUGUGGAAAAGGAAAACUGUUUUCUCUUAAAUAAGUUGAAAUCCACAAGUCAUUGUAUCCACUAUAUACCACAGAACAGGCUUGUUGUUUUUGGUUUUUCUGUG